GUACUGCCCUAACCCACAACAACAACAACAACAACGAUUUUUAGGUACUGUAAUUAUUUAUAUUUUGAUUUAUGUGUGAAACAGUUCCUGGUGGGACCCAUGACUCAUCGGCUCUAAAGCCAUUCACCAAGCAACACAGCUAUGGAUGAGAGUGUGCUUAACUUCAAUGUGGGCGUGCUGGGCCACAUAGACUGUGGCAAGACAUCUCUGGCACGCGCACUCAGCUCAGUGGCCAGCACGGCCAGCUUCGACAAGAACCCACAAUCACAGGAGCGAGGCAUCACCAUCGACCUAGGCUUCAGCAGCUUUAGCGUGCUGGCGCCAGCACACCUGAAGGCAGAGGCGCCACGCCUGAGCACCGUGCAGUUCACGCUGGUCGACUGUCCUGGUCACGCCUCACUGAUCCGCACCAUUAUCGGAGGCGCGCAGAUCAUCAACAUGAUGAUGUUGGUGGUGGACGUGACGAAGGGCAUGCAGACGCAGACGGCCGAGUGCCUGGUGAUCGGCGGCGUGCUCUGCAGCAGGCUCGUCGUCGUGCUCAACAAGACCGACCUGCUGCCGGAGGCCAAGCGCGCCGCCCAGGUCGAGAAGAUGACCCGCCGCCUGCGCGCCACCCUGCAGAACACGCGCUUCCGCGACGCGCCGGUGGUGGCGCUAGCGGCGCGACCGGGCGGCGCAGAGGGCGCUGGCGAGGCCACAGGCGUGUCCGAGUUGGUGGAGGAGCUGCGCCGCCAGGUGUACCUGCCGGCGCGCGCCGUCGCCGAGCCGCUGGUGUUCUCGGUGGACCACUGUUUCAGUAUCCGCGGCCAGGGCACCGUUCUGACCGGCACCGUGCUGCAGGGCUCCAUCAGCGUGAACCAGACGGUGGAGAUUCCGGCGCUGAAGGUGACCAAGAAGGUCAAGUCGCUGCAGAUGUUCCGCCGGCCGGUGGAGCGGGCUGUCCAGGGCGACCGGCUCGGCGUGUGCGUCACACAGUUUGACCCCAAGACGCUGGAGCGGGGCCUGGUGUGCGAGGUCGGCUACCUGUCCACUGUGCCGGCCUGCAUCGUCAGCCUACACCGGAUCAGCUACUACCGGGGCGAGAUCCGCAGCAAGAGUCGACUGCACGUGACGCUGGGCCACGACACGGUGAUGGCGCGCCUGACCCUGUUCACCGCGCCGGGCCGGGAGGCGGAGCCGGGGCCGGAGCCGGGGCCGGAGCCGGAGCCGGAGCCGCCCGGCUGGGACCCGCAGGCCGAGUACGUCUACCUGGAGAGCCUGGAGCGCGGCGCGGCGCUGGCGCUGCUGGAGCUCGAGCGGCCGGUCACGGUGCCGCCGGGCGCGGCGCUGAUCGGCUCGCGGCUCGACAUGGACGCCAACUCGCCGGCGUGUCGGCUGGCCUUCCACGGCCGCCUGCUGGCGCCGCUGGAGCGCGACUACGCCACCGCCUUCCUGCCCGCGCUCAGGGUGUUCAAACGCAAGGGCAAGGCCGGCGUGGUCGACCGGCUGCACAGCGACACGGAGGUAAUCGUCAAGGACCUGCUGAAAAAGGAGAGCAACGUGGCGCUGUUCAGCGGCCUGCGCGUGCGCCUCGCCACUGGAGAGGCAGGCGUCAUCGACGGCCCCUUCGGCCAGAGCGGCAAGGUCAAGGUGCGGCUGACGGACGUCCUGGCAGAGGAGACCCGGGCUCGGCUGAGCACCGGCGCGCGCAAGAAGGGGAAGGCGGCCGCCGAGGCGCCCGCCGCGCCGCCGCCCGCGCCCGUCGCCGUCCAGCUGGACUUCAAGCGGUACAUCUUCGACCCCAAGAAGCGGAUGAUACAGAACUGAUGGUGACCGGAGGAGGGUCGCGGCGCUGUGUUCAUUCUCUGUGCAGGUCGGCUGUGCGCACUUUGGUCCUUAUCCGUGUGUAUGUGUGUGAUGCUGUGCUGUGGGCACUUUGUACCAAUCAUCUGUGGGCACGCUACCGUUUGACCAUUAACUGACCGCCAUAUAGUGCCGUCGUACCGCGUUAUGUGAUCGACAGAGGUGGUUUUACCUCAGCUGGGGGCUGAUUCUAGUGCCUCGGUCACUGCCUGGGUAACGGGCCGGGGCUGUCUGCCGACGGCGACCUAUCCAGGGAACACACUGUCACCCGACGGCGCCAUUGUUAUUGUUGGAGGCGCCUGUGAACUCGAGUGUUGACGCACAUGUCCUAUCACGCAAUAUAUCGUGUAUCUUGU